AUGUUACCAUUGGAUGGAAUAAAGCUGCGUGAUCUGGAAGCUGGUUUCAUGUCCAAACAGCACAAAUUUGCACUCUUCUAUCCCGACGGAAAGAAUAUCUACAAAGACUAUAAGCAGCUGGAGCUAAGUGCCAGCAAUUUGGAUGAAGUGGACGCCUGGAAGGCAUCAUUCCUUCGCGCUGGCGUGUAUCCGGAAAAAGAAAAGCCCACUGAAGAUGGCGAUGUAAGACCUUCCUUUCGAAUACUGUAA